AUGGCACUGCCAUUCUUGUGUGACGAACUCAUGGUUGAAAUUCUGUCAUGGCUUCCAGUGAGAUCUCUUAUGCAAUGCAGAUGCGUGAGCAAGUCGUUUCAAUCCCUCAUCUCUGAUCCAAGUUUCGUGAAACUGCACCUUCAUAGAUCACCCAAGAACACCAACUUCCUAAUACGGUACAGAAAUCGGAAACAUGACUUUGCCCUUCCUUGCUCUCUUCGUUCUUUGCUAGAGGAUCCUCUUUCUGACAUUGCCCUAAGGCAAGAACACAAGUACAAGGUUGCUGGUUCCUGCAAUGGGUUGGUCCUUUUGUUCGCUUUAUCUAACACCUCUUCUGCACGCACAUACAAGUUUCUCUUAUGGAACCCUGCCAUUAGAAAAACAUGUGAAGUCCCACAUUGUAUAAUUCCAAUCAAUCCAAACAGAUAUGACUUCAUAAAAUGGUUUGGGUUUGGGUAUGACAACCUAAGUGAUACAUACAAGGUUGUAAUUGUCUUUGAGCAUUCUAUGGCUGGUUCACAGAAACUCAGUGAGGUCAAAAAACAGAUUUUGCAUUUGGCAAAUGAAGGAGUUUGGGAAUCAGAAUUCUUGGACUCCGUUACUGAACUUGUCUUUACGCCAAGAUCUCCAAAUUAG